UAACAUAAAAUGAAAGUGCGAUCGUGAAAAAUUCCUGAACAUUAACUAUUGCCUUCCACUAAUAUACUGAGCAGUGUUUGAAUCAAUUGAACCAUGUUCUCCUUAGCACAAAAUUUUUCAUUCCUUGAUAGUCCAACUAUUGAUUGGAAACUUGUCCUUACUGGUUUAACAGUAGGAAGAUUUGUUGUUGAUACUUAUUUAGAUUAUCGUCAAUAUCAAGUGUUAAAAAAGACUAGUCCUCCAAAUAGUUUAAAAGCAGAGGUAUCACAAGAAACAUUUGAUAAAUCUCAAGCUUAUUCAAGAUCUAAGGCUAAAUUUAAAUUUGUUACAAGUACUCUUGGAUUAAUUGAAAGUUUAAUAACUAUUAAAUAUGAUUUAUUAUUUAAAUUUUGGGAUUUUAGUGGAUCUCUUAUGUCAGGACUUUCAUUUAUUUUACCUAAAUUUAUGGGAGGUGUUAUAACUCAAUCAAUUUUUUUAUUUAAUGUUGCUCAAUUAGUUUCAACUAUAACUUCUUUACCAAGUUCUUAUUAUUAUAGCUUUGUAUUAGAAGAAAAAUAUGGUUUUAAUAAACAAACUAUUGGUUUAUGGGUUGCUGAUCUUAUUAAAGGUUUUGGUCUUACUAUUGCUUUAGGUUCUCCUGUUGUCGCUGCUUUCUUAAAGAUUAUUGAUUAUUUUGGUGAUUCAUUUAUUAUUUAUACUAUGUUCUUUGUAUUAUUUGUUCAAUUAGUGGCUAUGACUAUUUUCCCAACAUUAAUUCAACCAUUAUUUAAUAAAUUUACUCCAUUAGAAGAUGGAAAAUUAAAGGAAGCAAUUGAAGAUUUAGCUUCAAAACAAGAAUUUCCUUUAACUAAAUUAUAUGUUAUUGAUGGUUCAAAGAGAUCUUCUCAUUCUAAUGCUUAUUUUACUGGUUUACCAUGGAGUAAACAAAUUGUUUUAUUUGAUACUUUAAUUGAUCAUUCAACUAUUGAAGAAACUGUUGCAGUUUUAGCUCAUGAAAUUGGUCAUUGGAAAUUAAGUCAUCUUCCAAAAAUGUUAUCAUUUGCUCAAAUUCAUUUAUUAAUCAUGUUUUCUUCCUUCAGUGCUUUUAUUCAUAAUUCUUCAUUAUUCAAUACUUUUGGUUUUACAACUGUUCAACCAACUAUGGUUGGAUUCCUCUUAUUUUCAGAAAUCUUUGGACCUCUUGAAUUUGUUUUACAAUUCGCUAUGAAUUCUUUAUCAAGAAAACAUGAAUUUGAGGCUGAUGCUUAUGCUAAAAAAUGUGGUUAUUCUUCUGAUUUAAGUACUUCAUUAAUUAAAUUAUUAAGUAAAAACUUAUCUACUAUGGAUGCUGAUUGGUUAUAUUCAUCAUAUCAUCAUUCUCAUCCAAUUUUAUCCGAAAGAUUAUCUGCUUUAGGUUAUGUUUCAAAGGAAAAAGUUGGUAAGGGUAUUAAACCUCUUAAGGAAGAUUAAAAUA